CUUGGGAAGUAGAAUCAAGUAGCAUAUGCAUAUCUAUCUACAUUUCUCUCUCUCUAAAAGUAGUUUUUUUCCUAUCAAAGUUCCCAUCUUUCAAACUCCUCCGCCCAAAAAACUCCUUCAUCCUUACCUUCUUACUAGGGUUUCUUGUUAAAUCACUUCAUACACUCAAAAACACUAAAAAAAAACACUCUACUCGAUAUAUACAUACAGAAGUGAUAUGUAUGUGUUUGGUCCUACUCAUCAAAAAUCUUAGAGCACACUAGAGAAGUUGUGUGUUUGUGUGCGUUUGUGUUUCUCUCUCUACUGGGAUCUAUACAUUCUUGUUCAUCCAAGAAGAGCAAAUCUGAAGAAAAGGCUAUGCAAUCAAAUUAUGAGAUGGCUGGGAUCCAUCAUCAGAGAAACCAACCGCCAGCACAAGUGGAAGAGCAGAAACAACAACAAAGAUUCUUGAUGGAAAAUGCCUCAACUUCUUCACCAUUUUACCCAAUAAACUCAAGUUAUCAUUUCCCUCAUCAACAGCCACAUCCACUUCUCCAACAAAUCCACCAUAUACCCUUUACUCAACAGUUUUUUCAGUAUCAGCAACACCCCCAUUACAGAUCCAUGUUAGACCAUCAACAACAUCAAGAAAUAAGGCUAGACCCCAGUGCGGAAGUCGAAAAUAAUGAUUUUUUUCCUUUAAGUUUCAAGUUGGGUAUGGAAGGUGAUAGUGUUAGCAAAGCAUCUAGUGGUUAUGGGGAAGAAGGAGAAAUUAGACAAGAAGAUGCUUUGAUUCGUGGGAGUGAGGGAUACUGUACACAGCCUCGACAAACUUCUCUAGCUGUGUCUCAUUGUUGGCAAAACCAAGAAGAUUCUGCUAUUAAACAACCUUUCUGGAAGCCCCUUAAUACGGAAUUUUCAAAUGGGAAUAACAACAGCAAUGAAAGUGAGAAGAACAAACAAGAAGAGGAUCAAGAAAUGUAUCCACCUGAAGAAAUCCAGCACCAUCAGCAAAUUAUCAAGAACUUAGAAGAAAAUAAAUGUAGAGUAUUAUUUGGAGAGUUAGAAGCCAUUUAUGCUACAAAUGCUGAUAACACUAACGCUACUACUAAUAUUCAUCGAAUUGCAUCUGAAUCUGUUCUCACUGCUGAAGAUUUGCCAACGAAUCACAAUGUCUGUAUUCCUGUGGUUUUCAACGAUUCUAAUCAAGCCAGUGGUGCCACCACAGCCAUGGCCACAACUAUUGCUGGAUCAGAAAGUGCAUCCGUUGGAGAAAGAGAAGCAGAACUUGAAGUAGAAGCGACAAGGGGCGAAGUUAAUAAAAGGAAGAGAAGGAAGAAAGCAAAAGAAGGGACAACAAGCACUUCAAUGACAAGAUUUUUCGAGUCCUUAGUGAAGAAACUCGCGGACCACCAAGAGGAUCUACAAAGGAAGUUCAUGGAAGCGAUUGAGAGAUUGGAUGAAGAAAGAAAAGAAAGGGAAGAAACGUGGAGGGAGCAAGAAUGGGCAAGGCUCGAAAAAGAAGCAGCUGCUAGAGCACAUGAAAGAACCUUGGCUUCAAGUAGAGAAGCUGUUCUUGUUUCUUACUUGGAAAAACUCACUGGUCAAAAGAUCAAUUUUGAUCAACCAAUCAAGAAUGAAGACAAAAGUUGUUUGAGCUUGGCAAAGUUGAAUAACAAGAGAUGGCCUCAAGUUGAAGUUGAUGCUUUAGUUCAGAUUAGAACUAACUUGGAAUCUAAGUUUCAAGAGGCUGGUCCGAAAGGGCUACUUUGGGAAGAGAUAAGUUACUCAAUGGCCUCAAUGGGAUUUCAGAGAAGUGCUAGAAGAUGCAAAGAGAAGUGGGAGAAUAUGCAUAAGUGUACUGUCAAGAGAACAACAGAAAUCACGAGGGAACAGUUCCAUGAUGGAAAUAGUAGUACUGCAACUGCUGACUUUGUAAAUCAAGGAAAUGAUACUGUUGAUCAUUUGGCUACUGUCAAUCUACCUGAGGGGAAUGGUGAAAAAGAUAAACAUGGAAAUGGAGAGUACAAAAAUGGAAGUGGGAAAGAAGCUGUGGAAGAACUAAAAGAAGAAUAAUGAUGAAUGAAUUAAGGAUUCAUUCAUCAGAAUCCAGACAAAUGAGACAGCCAAGCUAAGAAACAUCACUAGUUCCUUUCAGGUGGAGCCUUUUUUUGCGCUUUACUUUUUCUCUUUUCUCAUCAUUUCUUUUUAUCUGUGUACUGGUAUUUGUUCAUCCUGUCAUUUCUUUUUCUUCCAACACUGAUAUGAGUUUCCAUGUCGUUUCUGAUAUUUUCUAGUGGUUUAAAAUGUGAAGUAUUGUGUAGGGAAUACCAUCAUAA